AUUUCCAAAUAUUGUUGCAAUCAGUUCAAAUCAAUUGCAAUACACAAUGCACACAAGUAACUUAUAGGGGCGGAAGUGUUUUCUGCAGCUGGCGACAAACACAGUUGCGUGUACAAUAUACCCGUGUAUUGUGCCAUUACCGGGUAUAAAAAUAUCAAAGAGUCGCUGAGCCCGAAGUGAGUAUAUGGCCAAACACAACGCAUUUGUUGUUCAAAGCGUUCGGAACGUGGACGGAUUGAGCUCCGCCGGGAACCGCCUUCUCCACAUCAACAGCCUUUUGAACCACAUUCCAGUUGGGAUUCGCUUCGGCCCAGCUUGCUAACUCGCAAUGAAAUAUUUUGGCGGAGUCGAAGGCGGAGCCACCCACUCCAGACUGGUCAUCUGCGAUGAGAGCGGUAAAUCCGUGGGCGCCACCAGCGGCCUGGGCACCAAUCACUGGGGCAUUGGCAUUCCGGAAUGCGCCCGCCGGAUCGCUGACAUGGUGGAGCGGGCGAAGGAGGAGGCGGGCAUUCCCAAGGAGACGCCCCUCACAAGUCUGGGAUUGAGCCUCAGCGGCUGCGAGCAGGAGGCCACCAAUCGCGAGCUGGAGCAGGAGCUGCGCACCACGUUUCCGGACCUGGCCCAGAACUAUGCCGUGUCCAGCGACACCAUGGGCAGCAUGUACACCGCCUCGUCCAUCGGAGGAAUGGUUCUAAUUUCUGGAACCGGAUCCAAUUGCCUGCUGCGAAACCCUGACGGCUCCACGUCCAAUUGCGGCGGCUGGGGCAACUUCCUCGGUGACGAGGGAAGCGCCUGGUACAUCUCGUACCGCGCAGUCAAGGUGGUGUUCGACCACAUGGACAACUUUGAGCAGUCAGCGGCUCCCGUGGAGAAGACUUGGAGUCUGAUCAAGGAGCACUUUAGUUUGGAGACGCGCCUGGAUAUGCUGCCCCACUGUUACGCCAAGUUUGACAAGCCUUUCUUCGCCAAUCUGUGCAAAAAGCUGUCGCAGAACGCCGAAAAUGGAGACGAACUGGCGCGCAGCUUGUUCCGCGAGGCCGGUGUCCAUCUGGCCAGAAUGAUCCUUGCCCUGCUGCCCAAUGUGCACCAGGAUCUGGUCAAGUCCGGGGACCUAAGCGUAGUGUGCGUAGGAUCCGUGUGGUCCAGCUGGAAUCUGCUGCAAGAGGCCUUCAUCAGUGAACUCGCCAAGACAAGCAUCAACUUCGACCUCAAGCUGGUGCGCAUUACCAAGAGCAGUGCCUACGGAGCCUGCUACCUGGGUGCGGAUAGUGCCGACUUCGAUCUUCCGAGAAACUAUGCCGACAACGUUACAGUGCUGCACACGUACACCGAUCCUCGAAAGAAAGCCAAAGCCACCAACGGCUGUAACUGCUAGAUAAAUUGUGUUAGACAACCCAUUCCGCAAUACACUUCCCAAUUGCCAAAUUCGCAAUCAAAUUCCAGUACGGAUAGGUAGUAUUAUAGCUUAUCAAGAAAUAAAUAAUUUUAUCCUUUGACGAAAGUAACGAAGUUUCCCUUUCAAACUUGCUUCAAACUCACCUACAUAUACUUUCUAAACUUUUUAAAGCGUGUGUCAUUUUUUUGUUGGGUUUGUUAGAAAUACGUAUGAAAAUUUUAUUCGAUAAUGUUCAUUGUAUUAAUUGUAUGUGUCUCAAUGUUGGCUGUCGUGGCUUCUUUUCAUGUAUGUGGGCAUACAUGUGCGGCAUCUUUUUUGUAAUACUUUGAUUGUGUUUAAAGCCAAUUUGUUUUUAUUUUCGCCGUGCUGUCAUCAAUUCUUUGGCUAAUUUGAUUCUCGAAUCGGGAAGCAGAACAUAAAUGUAUCUGUUUGUAGCGAAGGAAUACAUAGGCCAAAAACAUAAUAUCUUAGGGAGCUUAGAAUAGAGUAUUUGGGAUAAUGUACGAGUAGCUGAAUCGAAUGCCGGAGCAAGUGAAUCAAAAUUACAUCUACAUAUAUAUAUAUAUAAUUGCUUGGAUAAAACAUUUAACGUACUGUAAGAUUGAAUGCGACAUACCAAAAGAGAUUUUCAAUAAAAUCGAAUUCAAAUAGAA